AUGUCACCCGACCCGUGCCCGCUUCGCCGCGGACCGCGCGGGCCCGGGAGGCCCAGAUCCGGCCCCCGCCGGCCCGUCUCCCUCCAGCGCCCCCGCGCUCGCGUUCCCGCGCGCCGCCGCCCGUCCUCUCGCCGGCGCCGCCGCGUCCUCGCCGCCGUAAUCCGCCGCCUCGGCACCGUCGCCCCCUCGUCGCCGGUGCCGCCCGGGGCCGCCGUCCGCCGCCGCCCCGCGGGCACCCGCGCGCCGCCGCGCCUCGGCGCCUCCGGACGGCCCUCCUCGCCGUCCUCCUCUUCUUCCCCGCCGCCCGCCGUCCCCUCCCCGUCCUCGACUCCGGCCAGCAAGACCUCCGGCGAGCUCGGCCGAGCCAGAUCCGAUCGGGUCAACGCCAAUGGUUGA